UGAAUUCUAUUGCUAAGUUUAUAUUUUUCUUCCGUCCAGUGAUCGAAUGUCCCCGUUUGACCGCGUCAUUCGAAGUGGGAGGUCACUUCGACCGCACGAUGCAUUACUCGUGCGACGACUGUCAGAUAACUGACAUACUUUGUAAUGGCGAGAGUGUCUUAGCUGCAGGAAGGGUGUCAAUUAUCAGAGUGUCAAAGAUGAUCAGCUUCAACUUUCCCAGGUAUGAAGACAAUCACUCGUGUGUGUACAUGGGUUUCUUUAAAUUAAAGGAUAAAGUUUUUAAGAAGAUUUUAGCCGUCAUCGACAAUGAUGGUGUAACGGUACAGUCCCAAAUAGUAUCAUCUCCGCCGCUCGGACAACAGUUCGAACAAGAAAUAACUUAUGUUUGCGAUGACUGUACUGUUAGUAAGGUAUUUGUUAAUGGCAUUCCCGUGCCGACUUCAACGCGGAGAAGUAACACUGGAUCCGUUGCCUUCUUUUUUGCGACGUCCACAUCUAUUAAGAUACGAAUAACGGAAUACGCUACAACAUACGAAGGCGUGUAUCAAGCUGUGUUUAUGGUCGGCAAUGAGGAAGUUACGAAAAGUAUAAUGGAGAUUAAGGAUCCAAACAUCAAAUCAAGUGAGGCUUUGACUACUGCAGGGUCGGCGGGUUCUGAAGUCACUACUGAUGCUUCAGGAGGAGCAGCAGACGCCAGCACGGAUGCAGCAGAUGCAUCUACCACUGGUUGAUGUAACUUUAAGCAAAUAAUUCAGCUUUC